UAGCCUUAGCCAUACCAUAACACUACUACUCUUGACUCUCGAGUGAGAGAGAGUGUUGCCUUGUUGAAUUCGAUUUUGAGGGAGAUUCAGAUUCAGAUUCGGAUUCGGAUUUGGAUUCUUGUUGUGCUCCCUUACAUACUAACUAACUAACUAAGUUAUAUUUAGAAGAGAAGAAAUAAUGGAGAGAAAUGAGAUAAGGCAUUCAAAGUUCAAAAGGAUUUGUGUGUUCUGCGGAAGUAGCCCCGGCAAGAAAACUACCUACCAAGAUGCUGCUAUUCAGCUUGCCAACGAAUUGGUGUCAAGGAACAUUGAUCUCGUGUAUGGAGGUGGAAGCAUUGGGCUAAUGGGUUUGGUUUCACAAGCUGUUCAUCAUGGUGGUAGGCAUGUCAUUGGAGUUAUUCCCAAGACUCUAAUGCCUCGAGAGUUAACUGGAGAAACAGUGGGAGAAGUAAAAGCUGUAGCAGAUAUGCACCAAAGGAAAGCAGAGAUGGCAAAGCAUUCAGAUGCCUUUAUUGCCUUACCAGGGGGUUAUGGAACACUAGAGGAGCUUCUUGAAGUCAUAACCUGGGCACAACUUGGGAUUCAUGACAAGCCGGUGGGGUUAGUGAAUGUUGAUGGUUACUUCAAUUCCCUGCUUUCAUUCAUUGACAAAGCAGUGGAAGAAGGGUUCAUUAGCCCAAAUGCCCGUCACAUAAUUGUGUCAGCACCAACAGCAAAAGAGUUAGUCAAGAAAUUGGAGGAAUACGUUCCAUGUCAUGAAGGUGUUGCUUCUAAGUUGAGCUGGCAGAUGGAACAGCAACUUGCUUACCCUCAUCAUCAAGAUUAUGACAUCUCAAGGUAGCUCAUGACUUUGCUUCACUUGCACGUAACAUCAAGAAUUUUGGAGCUGCAACAAGAACAAUCUGCUUUCAACUAUCACCCUUUUUCUUUUCUUUUAUGUAAAUUAUUCCGAUUCACCUCAAAUAUGUCAAACUACUACUACUUUUUAUUACCACCAUUUGGAGUUGUAAGUAACCAUUUCCAUCUCAA